AUGGCUUUUAGACGCGUUUGUGUCACAAAAAAUAUGGCAUAUAAUAAUCCAGAGUUUGAGGAGUUUCGACAGAAAGUACAGGAAUUGUUGUGUGAGGAUGAUACAGUUUUAUUAAACGAAUUAAGACGAUUUAUAAAUGACCGAAAAAAUGAAAGAUAUAAAGAACUAAUUCGACAACCGCAUAUUCAACGUUUAUCAGGUAGUACCGAUCAGUCACGUGAAUUUAUUUGGAUUCUCGAUGAAUUAACGUUACUUACUUCGCCGAUGAAUUAUGACGAAAAACAGACACCACAAGACGCCAAAAAUACAUUUUUGUACGAUUUUAUAGUAGAAGCUGAAUUAUUAUCAAAAUUCAAAUUACUCAUUUUAUUCAAAAAAUUUUACAAAGAUAAAUUUCCCCAAAAAUAUGAAGGAAUCGCUAUUGCAAAACCAGGUAAGUUCCCUUUUGUUGGAACAGAUUCAAAUGGAAUUAUUGAAGAAUCUGUUGUUUGUUUUUAG